UCCGCCAGGGUACUAUUUCCGCCCCGGAUUCGGCAACGGCAGCAGCUCAUGGCAUGUGCACUUGCAGUACGGCGGGUGGUGCAACACCCUGGGGGACUGCAGGUGGCGCAGCCACACGUGGCUCGGCUCUUCUAACGAGACUUUGCAAAACCAGAACCCGUGGAAAUUCGCGAACUGGGGUUACAUGGGGAUUCUCAGCCUGAAUCCCGUCAUGAAUCCGCGUUUUUACAAUUGGAAUCUUGUGGUCCCAAUUUACUGCGAUGGCGGCGGGUUUGCCGGGCGGGCGGGGUUCAAGAACUGGAGCGCGACCGAGGGAGUGUAUUUGGAUGGUUGGAAAAUCAUCAAAGCUGUUCUCACAGACGUGACAGAUUUCAAGGGCCUGAAGACGGCCUCCCAGGUGCUGCUGUCGGGGGUGUCGGCGGGAGCAGAGGCGGUGGUGACUCUGUGCGACCAGCUGCCCGCCCUCGUGCCCUCCGCCAAAACCACCAAGUGCCUCAUGGACUCGGGCUUCUUCCUCGACGCAUUGGACGUGGACCAACAACCAGCGUUCCGCAAGAGGAUUCAGCAGGUGGCGGAGCUGCAUGACUUUGUCGGCAACCCUCGAUGCAGCAGAG